GCCUCCAUUGGCUCGGGCUGCACCUCUUAACUUGUUGGGUUGGCGACGGAGGAGUUUGAGUCCCUCCAAACAACGUGGCGGUACAUGUGUGAGAUUACUUCAAGAGAGCGCUUCCUACAAUCAAAACUGAUUUUCCCCGUAUAUGUUCAAAAGUAAAGUAAGAAAGAGUGUCAAAUUAGCCCAGACAAGUGAAGACAAGGGGGAGAGGGACGGAGCAGCGAAACCAACACCAAGUCUGCUGGAAAGCCUGUUCCCCCCUGGCACGGUGCGCUCAGCAUGACGGAGAAGCCUCCUCUGCCCAGCGACGAGGAGAGGAACUGGCUGGGUGAGGGCCAGUCAGCGUCCCAGCUCGCUGCGUCGCUCAGUCCAGACGGAGCUGAGACAGACGACCGGCCAGCGUGGGACUCCAAACUGCAGUACGUGUUGGCACAAGUAGGGUUCAGCGUGGGCUUGGGGAAUGUGUGGAGGUUCCCAUACCUCUGCCACCAAAACGGAGGAGGGGCCUUCAUGCUGCUCUAUGUUGUCCUGUUGCUGGUGGUGGGGGUCCCACUCUUUUUCAUGGAGUUGGCGGCCGGCCAGUCAAUUCGACAGGGCAGUAUUGGUGUGUGGAAGCACAUCUCCCCAAAGCUGGCAGGUAUCGGCUACUCCAGCUGCAUGGUUUGUUUUUUUGUGGCUCUCUACUACAACGUCAUUAUUGCAUGGAGCCUGUUCUACAUGGGCAACUCCUUUCAGUAUCCUCUGCCCUGGGAGCAGUGUCCUGUCGACACGGUCACCAAUGACACAGUGAAAGAAUGCGCCAGCAGCUCUCCAACGUCGUACUUCUGGUUCCGCAAAGCCCUCGACAUCACAAACUCCAUCGAUGACUCUGGGGAGUUUAACCCUAUCAUGACUGGAUGUUUAUUGGCUGCAUGGACUAUUGUCUCCUUGGCAAUGAUCAAGGGCAUCAAAUCUUCUGCGAGGGUGAUGUACUUUUCCUCAGUCUUUCCCUAUGUGGUGCUCUUUAUUUUCCUCAUCAGAGGGUUGAUGUUGGAUGGUGCCAUAGAAGGAAUCACCUACAUGUUUUAUCCCAAACUGGAGAUCUGGGGUGAGGUGCAGGUGUGGCGGCAAGCUGCUACACAAGUGUUCUUCGCCCUCGGGCUGGGCUACGGCUCUGUUAUCGCCUAUUCCUCCUACAACCCCGUGCACAACAACUGCCACAGGGACGCGCUCAUGGUCUCCGGCAUCAACUUCAUGACAUCGGUGCUGGCGUCGCUGGUCGUUUUCGUUGUGCUGGGUUUCCGUGCAAAGAACAUCGCGCUAAACUGCGUAGCUGAAAACCUUGGUCUCCUAAGCAGCAUUGCCUCCCAUGGGUCUGACCAUCACUGGUGGCCUUGGUUCAACAUAACAGACCCCAGUUCAGUGUCCAUAAAUGACUACAGCGAAUGGUACAGUCACUACGGCUCCAUGGUGGGUCCAAACAUCACAGACUGCAGCCUGGAGGAGGAGAUGAACAAGGGAGUCGAGGGGACAGGUCUGGCCUUCAUAGCGUUCACUGAGGCCAUGGCCCUCUUCCCAGCCAGCCCCUUCUGGUCCACCCUCUUCUUCCUCAUGUUGCUCAACCUGGGCCUCAGCACCAUGUUUGGGACCAUGCAGGGAAUCCUCACCCCUCUCAUGGACAAUUUCAGCCUGUUGGGACGCCAUCGGACCCUGCUCACCAUGUGUAGCUGUGCUUUGGGGUUUGUCAUUGGACUGCUGUUCACUCAGCGCUCAGGGAACUACUUUGUGACCAUGUUUGAUGACUACUCUGCAACCCUGCCGCUGAUCAUUGUUGUAAUCUUUGAAACUUUGAGUGUGGCAUGGAUUUAUGGAGCAGAUCGCUUCCUAGAUGAUAUUGAAGUGAUGCUCAAGUGGCGCCCUCCAGUGGUGUACAAGUAUCUUUGGAAGUAUGUUUGUUUACUGGCAAUGGUCACCCUCCUGGCAGCCAGUCUGCUGCGCAUGGUCUUCAAGAGACCCACAUACACGGCGUGGAAUCAGAGCACAGGGUCUGAGAUGAGUCUGCAGUAUCCCGGCUGGGCUCUGGCUAUGAUCGGCAUGCUCAUCCUCCUUGCGACUUUGCCCGUGCCCAUUGCCUACAUCCACUCCAUGCUGCAGAACCGCAGGGCUGUCAACAUCGGCUCUGCAGACGGAGGCGGCCAGGAGAUGCACCGCGAAAUGUACACCAAGUGCCGCUCCUCAGACCAGCUGGACUCCGGCUCCCUUCGCUUCUCCUCCGAGCACGACGAGGCUCAGCCCAGGAUUGGCUUCCUGCCGCUGGGCGACGACCACUACCGGCUCCUCCCCCAGCAGGAGGGCAUGGAGGAUGAUGAGGAAGAGGAAGAUACAGGGGUGUGAGCGUGGGACUGGGAAGGUAGCUGUCUGUGAAAGGAGGACAUGUUGCACCUCAGAGAGAGAGAGAGAGAGAGAGAGAGACAGCGGAGAAAGAGGUGGCGACGAGACGAGCCAAGAAACUGAAACACUCAUAUCUGAGAAAGACUAUUUAGGUCUCAUUGCCUCUUAAGUAACAAUCUCUACAUAGUCAUUAUAGCUGGACAAGCCAAAGUAACCUUAACUAUUUAUAUUAUUUAAGAAACAGUAUGGAUACUUACUAUGUAAUGUGCUGAUGUUCACAUAACAAAACAGCUCUACAGUCACAAAAUGUAGGGCUCAGUUACAGAAAGUAAAGCUCAGGUGCCUUAUUGAAAUGCAGCACUACAAUUCCAAGCUUGGUUCAGCUGUAUACAAAUACCUCUGAAAUUACCAUUAAAUGUUAGGUGUACAGUGUAAUUGCAUUUAUUUCAAACGGCUUAACUCCAGUUGAAAAGCAAAUAGUGGAGGAAAAAUGUGGAGGGGACUCCAUGGCAGUUCCAGUGCAUGUAUUUACUAGAAAUAUCAUUUUCACCAAGCACAAAUGGUAGAUAAAUAAAUUGCAGUAGAGAGGCAUUGGCUGCUAGAUUAGAGGAAGUCUCAAUGGACUUCACAGAGAAUCAUAGAUCUGUCCAAUCGACGGUCAAUCACACAGCCAAAUGAUAAAACACUAACAUAAGGAGCCAAACAAAAAAAAGACAUGCAAGCCUUCCUGUGCCACAUAGCUUUGUUUUUCUGCUCUACCAGCAACUUUAACAUGUAGCCAGGUAUUAUCUGAAGGCUAGAAAAGGUUUAGCUGGUAAAACAGUGACAGAGGCAGGUUUACUCAGCAGGCUCGAAACUCUGGAGGUGACAAGCGAGAGCGGGAGAAGUGGGAUCAAAUUGCCAGCACAAAGUCUGUGUCAAAUUUGGUUUCUUUUGAGUGGAUUUCAAGACAUUUUGGUUAUGCUGCCUGUAUCGGCUGUGUGUAACAGGUUACCACACAACACUGCCAGGAUCUAAACUCAGUGCAGCCAUCAGCCAUGAGUCCAUGAUGACCCAUGUGAUGUAUUAAUCCUCUUGUGGACUGAAGACACAUUUCUUGAUCAUAGCUGCCUUUUUCACUGUGAGAAAUUCAGUGCUUAGUGAUAUCUACCAGAACCCUGUUUAUCAAAGGGAAUGAAAGAAUAUUUAUGUGCCAAUCAUUUUACAUAUUUUAUUCAUGUUUUUUUUUUUUUUUUUUUUUUUAUUGCUGAUUGAACUUAUACCCUGUUAAAUUAAUCUCAUAAUCACUACAAGACCCAAACGGAAAGUAUAACCCUCUGCCCCAAAAACAGAGUCGAGUUUCUCUCUGUGUGUGACAGAAAUAUCAUGUGGGGGCGCCAGAGAGGUUAUAAGUGCCAGAUGCUGUUAAAUCACUUUAAUAUUACAAGAGGAGACCAGAAAUUAGGACUCAAAACAUCAGUAAAACACUGCUCAGCUGCACCUUUCCAUUCUGAUUAUUAUUAAUGAUCAAAGUGCAAUUUCAUAUCUUAAUCCUAAGAAAUGACAUUUGAAAAGUAAUUCCGUCCUUUCUUAAUUACCGUACUGUGUCAGAAAACAAUGCAGUGCUGUUGAUUUAAAUCUCUUAUAAUAACAAAAAGUCAAUUGAUUAUUUUACCCUCUCUGAUGUGAUAAUGCAGAGAAGCUGUGGCUUGAAGCUGAAUUAUUUGACAUCCCUCUCUAAAUCAGGGCAGCUCAUCUCUAUUCCCCUUUUCACACUUGCUGCUGUCUAUACAUAUAUCUAUAUAUCUAUAUAUAAGGUCUAACAUAUGAAAAUUGUGGCUGAUAACUGACAAUAUAUUAUUUUGUUUUAUUGUAAGUUGAAUAUCGAGAAUGGAUUUGCAUGAAAACCAUUGUGUUUGCACAACUGUGAUUCACUUGUGUCCUUGUUUGUCUGUAUAAUCAGGGCUGGGCAAUAUAUCACUAAUAUAUUGAUAUAUAUUGAUACUGUGAUACUAUAAUACUAGAUAUUGUCAUAAUCUUUGUCUUUCCUGAUUUUAAAGGCUGCAGCAUUGUAAAGGGAUGUAGUUUUAUGAAUGUUUUAGACUGUUUUAGCUCUUCUUUUAUUUGCUUCUGCCUGCUUGGCCAUUAUAUCCACAUUACUAAUUAUUGUUUAUCAAAAAACUCAGUAUAAAUAUUUUGUCAGCAUCCCAGUAGUCAACCCUAUAUUUUUGCAAUAUCGUAUUGAGUUAUUCUGUCAAAAAUAUCAUAUUUGAUUUUGUUCAUAGUGCCCAGCCCUAUGUGCCACUACUGUGUAUGUGUGUGUGUGUUGAGGUUUCUGUCCUAAAUCUUCAUGAAAUGAGAGAAUAGCCUUUAUGUGUGUGUGUGUGUGUGUGUGUGUGUGUGUGUUAUUUGUAUGUUUUUACCUCAUAAGACCACAGCAAUGUUUUUACAUUUGUCCACACUAAGUGUUCAUCUUGGCUGCGAGAUUUGGGUUUGGCCUUGUUGCAAAACUGAGUUCCCAGGUGGACUAAAGUGCAUGAGGGCUGAAAUAAACCUCUAGGUGGCA